AUGCAUGAUGCAGCCCAUUCGCACAACAACGGCCUCGACUCAACACUGCCGCUCCCACUGCCCCUCGCAUCGGAGACCCCUAUCGCCCCGAAAAAACGGGGUGGACCCGUCCAUUUACUGGCAGGGUCAGCGGGCGGCUUGAUUAGUGCUGCACUGCUCCAACCGUUUGAUGUCUUGAAAACGCGCGUUCAGCAGGGAAGUCACGGAUCACUACUCAGUGUCCUGCGCGGCACCCUUGCCGGCUCUCAUACUCCGCUACAAAGAACCCCGCUGCAUGGCUUGCAAAAUCUUUGGCGCGGGACGUUACCCAGUGUCUUGCGAUCGAGCGUUGGCUCGGGCUUAUAUUUCUUCACGCUGAAUGAGAUGCGUAGUCGCCUACCACGCUCUUCGCAAGGCCAUCUCUCCUCACAGGCAAACUUGCUCACGGGAGCAUUUGCCCGUGCAUCCGUGGGUAUCAUCAUGAUGCCAGUGACUGUGAUCAAGGUACGGUUUGAGAGUAGUCUGUAUCGCUAUCACUCCAUUCGACAGGCUGCAGGUGCCAUUGCAAAAGAGAAUGGCUUUCGUGGCUUCUUUUAUGGUUCAGCAGCGACGGCGUUGCGUGAUGCACCGCAUGCAGGAUUAUAUGUAUCGAUCUAUGAAUGGAGCAAGAAGCGACUCACCGCCCUCGCUGGCAAACCAAACAGCCAGGUAGAGGGCGCAUGGAUGGUUAAUUUUGCGAGUGGUUUGGUAGCAGGCUUUGCAGCGACCCUCCUCACCAACCCCUUCGAUGUGGUUCGAACACGCGCACAGCUCGAGCCAGCCAAGUAUCCCUCAUUUUGGAAAGCAGCCAGGCGGCUUGCUCGUGAAGAUGGGGUGCGUUGCUUCUUGGAUGGUGUGGGACUUCGUAUUGCACGGAAGAGUGUGAGUAGUGCCUUUACCUGGACAUUGUACGAGUUGAUUUUAGCAAAAGCAUAA